UGAUAUAAAUAUCAACCCUAACGCGGUAUAAAACUGUAGAAGUUAGGAAGGUCGGAUUUUGACUCUAAAAAAAGUUUUGAAAUUGUCAAUUUGUCUUCUAGAGAUCGAUCGAGGCGAUUUUUUUUAAAUUCAUUACUGGCCUAGUAAUUAAAUAUUACAAAUCUGUAAUUUUAAACGUUGAUAAUAAAUAGAUUUUUAAUCAUUUAAAAAAACUGUUCGAUCAUUCCCCAGUAGACAGACCGGCAAAUUUAAAUCUUUUUACAGAUUUUAAAUUCGAUUAUUCAAAAUCCCACAGUUGUAUACUGCUUAUGAGCCUUUUGAGACCGGAAACAAUAAUUAAUUUAUGAAAAACACCGUUUUAAUGACGUUGCGGAUUGAAACUACUGUACGUGCGUCACAUUUCGCGCUACUCCCCACCACUCUCACACUACUUCACAACUAAGACUAGUGUGGCGCCUGCGGUAUCGAUAAGAUAAUAUUUUUAGAAUCAUAAUAAUAAUAAUACCAAUAUUAUCUUCUACGGCUGUAUGGAAACCGGCUAUGGCUAUAAUACCUAUUGUAAUUGUAUAGUACAAAUACUAUAACUAAUAAUAUAAUAAUAUAACUAGUAUUUCUGUCAUUACUCAUCGAGGUAUGAACUUGAAAUUUCAUUCCUCAACUGCAUGGUGAAAUUUUAUUUUCGAAUUAUAAUUUAUAAUGGAUAAUUUAAAAAAUUGGAGGAAAGGUAAAAAAACAAAGGUGCUUUUAUCUAGACGUAAAAAGCACCCGGGAAAUAUAUCUGCGUUGAUAAAAACUACAGACAAAAAUAACGAUUCUUUUUCUGUCGAUACUACUGCGAUUAGUGAAAAUGAAAAUAUUCCCUUUCAACCACAUAUGCACGGAAAAGUUACUUGUUUGGAUUCUAAAGAAGAUGAAAUAUUAGCUUUACCACUUGACGAUAUAUCUCAACCUUCAGAUUUAAAUAUUUCAACCUCUCCUUUAAAAGAAAAUUUAAAUACAGAUGCAGAUAUACUCGGAAGAAGAAUUGUGAAUAUUUCGCAUUUAUUUAAUGCAAUUAAAUUGAUUGAUAGUCAUAAACCUUUUGACUGCAGUUUUAAAGAUAUGCGAAUUAUUAAAGAAAUUAAAUAUGGUUUUAAAUCCACUUUUGUUUUUAAAUGUGAUAUGUGUAACACUAUUAGAAAAUGUAAAUAUGCAGUAUUAUAAGUAUAAGUAUAAGUAUACAAACUAGUACAGUCAUGCAUGUGUAGAAUAUACGUGUAAUGUAAAAGUAAUAUAAACGACAACACGGUUGCCGAUUAUAGAAUGA